AUGGCGUGGCCGGACGCGGGGGCCCCGGGCCUUCCGGGCGUGACCCGGGCCCUGGGCUCCUGCGGAGGCGGGGAGAGGGCGGGGUGUGCCGCGCUGGUGGGGACCGCGGGGUCGGAGAGGGGACAUUGCCCCCCCCGAGGAGAACGCCCAACCGCGGGUCUGGGUCCCCGCCCAAGGCCGCCCCCGCGAGGUGGCCUCGGCCCGGCCGUCCCCGAGGGUGGCUCGGAUCCUUUCAACCAGCGCGCUGGAGGCGAAGGGGCUGCGCCAUUCCGGGUCAGGCAGCCAACGCGGGACACGCGCGUCUCCGAGCUUGCGGCCCGCGAAACCCGGGUGACCUACCGCGCCGGUGCCCCCAAAGCCCCCACGCCCGGGCCGGUGGCUGCCGCAGCCCCUGAGCCACGCGGUCUCCCCGGCCCGGCGGGCAGAAGGAGCUGGUCGGUUACCAGAAAAGUCCAGAUGCAAAGUCGGGGGUCGUGCUGCCGCUUCCUGCCAGCGCACCGCACCCACCUGGGGCCGCCACCGACCGCGCAGGACGCGCCUCCUACCCCCUAUUCUGGCCAGGCCGACAGCUGGUGCCCCCAGCGGCCGCCCGCCCCCGACCGCAGAUCCCGGGGCCCCUGCUGCUUUGCAUUGGGAACAACCCGAGGCAGGCCCGGAGCUGAGGGGGCCAGGGCCUUUGGAGGAAGCAUUGGCCUCCAGGCUGAAGAGCAAGGGCCAUGCCACCAUGCCGGGAGGGCGGCUGUCAUCUCUGCAAGGGGAUAGCCCCCUCGGCCAGGUCAGAGGAAGCAACGGUGGGGAGACGGACUGCGCGCUGGGAGGUUCCACGAAUCGUAGGUGGGGAGCUGGCUGCCAGCCUGGCCUGCCCUCUCUUCCCCGCCCCACUGUCUCGCUUGGCUCUGGCACCUGCCUGGGAAGAUCCACACCUCCGUCUGCAGUACUCCUUCGCCCUGGAGGCCCUGCCCUCCGCUCAGGGUCCCCGCAUCCUUCCGUGGCCCUCAGAGCAUCGCCUGGGGCGCCCACGGAACUCCUGUUAGGCCUGGGAUGGAGGCAGGCAGAAGUGGGGGUUUAAGUGGAGGCAGCGAGGGUGGGGGCCCGACCCAAACUGUGCCACCUUCCACCCCCUGCCCCUGGGAGAGCAGACACCGCCCACUCAGGCUCACGGUGCCAUCCGGGUGAGGACCUCCACGGAGAGCUCCUCUUUGCCAAAGAAAAGCAAAGUUGCAUUAGGUCUGCGAGCAGGCAGGGUGGCCUCUUCCUGGCUCCCCAUCCACCAAGGAAGCUUCAAGUCCCUGGGACACAGGUGGGGGACUCCAGCACCCCUGGAGGAAGGGAGCCUGAGGUUGGGGGUGGCGUCCAGGCCCUGACUCUGGGGCACAGUGCUCUGCGCAACCGAGACCCUGCCUCGAGCUCCACCAGUGCCUGCUCCUUUCCCCAGGUUGCAGUGACCACCAGGGGAGGUGCUGGGUGUGCAGGCUGCCACGGGAGGGAUGGGGAGGUGGGGAGUCUCUGCGGCGGGGUGGUGGGGGUCUAGGUCAGCCAGCUGAGGACGUGUUGGUGCACUCCCGGGAGGGCAGUAUGUGGGUGAGGAUCCCCAUGCAGGGUGGUGCCCAGAAGCCCCCUUCCAGAGUCAUCUCUGGUCCACCUUGAAGUCCCCAGGAAAACGACCUUGUGCUCCGUGGGUGCGAGCCACUAGGCCUGAGAGGACGCUGGGAUGGGGCUUUCAGAGAGGGAGGUGUCAGGAUGGUUUGAGUGUCACCAGGUAUUAAUUAAGCACUUGCUGUGUGCCAGGCACUUUACCACACAGGACGGAGCCGGACCACCCUCACAGCCCCUGCCCCACAGACGCUGGCCUUGUGGAGGGAGGUGGGCAGCAGGGAGAGGCCAGCGUGUUCCCUGGGGAAGCUAGAGCAGAGUGUCUGAUGACAAGAGAGGGACCCAGGGAUGGAGAGUGGAGGAGCAGCCAUCGGAGCCACCUCUGAGUCCACCUGAUGGGCCCAUGUCCUCAUCCAGGGGGGACCUGCACACCCUCCUCCCCUAUCUCCCAUCCCUGCCCCAGCCCUUCAGCUGGGGCCGGCUCUGCCGUGUCUGCAUGGCCCCGCCCACCCUGACCUCACCACCUGCUAGUGGGCCUUGCGGUUUCACGGGGAGUAUACAUUUCAAGUAUAACCUGAUGGGGGAACCUGGACCAGGGCUGUCCCCUGGGCCAUGAGUGCCGGGCGUGGAGAGCUGGUAUAGAUGACAUUUGUAGCUCCACAUGCCCUGGCCUGGGCACCAAGGACAGCUGCAGAGAAGAAUGUGGGUGGACAGACUCUGCUGCCCAUGAGAUGGUGCAGGGAUGGCCUGGGGGACGCUUCCAGAUGAGAGACCGCCCCACCCUACCUGUGGCUCCUCGGGAUGGCGGCCCCGGAGGCGCAUGUGUUCGUGUAUAUGUGUGUGUGGUGUAUGUGUGAGGAUAUAGGUGUGUGGUAUGUGUGUUUGUGUGGCAUGUAACGUGUGGUAUGUGUAUGGGGCGUAUGUAUGGAGUGUGUUUACGGUGUGUGUGGUGCGUGUAUAGUGUGUGGUGUAUGUGUGGUGUGUGUGUGUGUUUGGUGUGUGUGUGUGGUGUGUGGUGUGUGUAUGAUGUGUGUGGUGUGCAUGUGUAUGAUUUGUGUAUGGGAUGCAUCUGGUGCAUGUGAUGUGUGUGGUGUAUGUGUGAUGUGUGUGUGUUUGGUGUGUGGUGUAUGUGUGCAGGGUGUGGGUGUGGUGUGUGUGUGGUGUGCAUCUGUAUGAUGUGUGUGUGUGUGUGUAUGAUGUGUAUGUGUGUGUGGCGUGCAUGUGUAUGAUUUGUGUAUGGGAUGCAUCUGGUGUAUGUGAUGUGUGUGGUGUAUGUGUGGUGUGUGUAUGAUGUGUGGUGUGUGUGUGUGUGGUGUGUGUGUGGUGUGUGUGUGUGUCUGUGGUGUGUGUGUGUUUGGUGUGUGGUGUGUGUGUGUGUGUCUGUGGUGUGUGUGUGUUUGGUGUGUGGUGUGUGUGUGUGUGUGUUUGGUGUGUGGUGUUUGGUGUGUGUGUGUUUGGUGUGUGGUGUGUGUGUGUUUGGUGUGUGUGUGUGUUUGGUGUGUGG